CCUAGCGCCUCCGCGGGUGUCGGCGGUCCGCGCGUCUCAGCGUCCCGGGAGCCGGCGCCGCGGGCCGGAGCGGCGCGCCGUGUGUUCGGGCAUGCCCCGCUACGAGCUGGCUUUGAUCCUGAAAGCCAUGCAGCGGGGUUGGUACAGUAGGCUUCACUAGACUUAGCUGCAACUCAGAAUUUCUCCUCCAGCACCUGAGUAAAUGCUGAUGGUCUUGUGGAGAGUGGAGUAAGAGUACGAGCUAAGUUCUCAAUUCCAAUUAAGAAGCGGAGGAAAAUUUAAACUGUCUCCUUCCAAGUUUAUCGCAGCCACCACCAUCAAGACAGCAAACCAAAGGACAAAGACUUUGACCUGCUCUGUUGCUCUGUGUAGUCCGGUGCACGCGUGGUUGACAGACUUGGCUGGGUUACUGAUGAGUAAAUAGAAAGUCGGACGCUUCUGUCAUUGGACGCCUUUACUCACAAAGUGGCCAAAAUGAGGGCUGUUCUGGAGACAGCAGACAUUGCCAUAGUGGCCCUGUACUUUGUCCUGGUCAUGUGCAUUGGCUUUUUUGCCAUGUGGAAGUCUAAUAGAAGCACCGUGAGCGGAUACUUCCUGGCCGGGCGCUCUAUGACCUGGGUAGCGAUUGGUGCCUCUCUGUUUGUGAGCAACAUUGGGAGUGAGCACUUCAUUGGGCUGGCAGGAUCUGGAGCCGCGAGUGGAUUUGCAGUGGGCGCGUGGGAGUUCAAUGCCUUACUGCUUUUGCAACUGCUGGGAUGGGUUUUCAUCCCCAUUUACAUCCGGUCAGGGGUGUACACCAUGCCUGAAUACUUGUCCAAGCGGUUUGGUGGCCAUAGGAUUCAGGUCUAUUUUGCAGCCUUGUCUCUGAUUCUCUAUAUCUUCACCAAGCUCUCAGUGGAUCUGUACUCAGGUGCCCUCUUUAUCCAGGAGUCUUUGGGUUGGAACCUUUACGUGUCUGUCAUCCUGCUCAUUGGCAUGACUGCGCUGCUGACCGUCACCGGAGGCCUUGUGGCGGUGAUCUACACAGACACUCUGCAGGCCCUGCUCAUGAUCGUGGGGGCACUCACGCUCAUGGUCAUCAGCAUGAUGGAGAUUGGCGGGUUUGAGGAAGUUAAGAGGAGGUACAUGUUGGCCUCACCCAACGUCACUUCCAUCUUGUUGACCUACAACCUUUCCAACACCAACUCCUGUAACGUCCACCCCAAGGAAGACGCGCUGAAAAUGCUGCGCAACCCCACGGAUGAAGACGUUCCUUGGCCCGGGUUCGUUCUCGGGCAGACACCGGCGUCGGUGUGGUACUGGUGCGCCGACCAGGUCAUCGUGCAGAGGGUGCUGGCGGCCAAGAACAUUGCGCACGCCAAAGGCUCCACGCUGAUGGCUGGCUUCCUGAAGCUUCUGCCAAUGUUUAUCAUCGUGGUCCCAGGCAUGAUCUCCAGGAUACUGUUUGCUGACGACAUUGCUUGCAUCAACCCCGAGCACUGCAUGCACGUGUGUGGGAGCAGAGCCGGGUGCUCCAACAUCGCCUACCCACGGCUGGUGAUGAAGCUGGUUCCCGUGGGCCUCCGGGGCCUGAUGAUGGCCGUGAUGAUUGCGGCACUGAUGAGUGACUUGGACUCGAUCUUUAACAGCGCCAGCACCAUAUUCACCCUCGACGUGUACAAGCUCAUCCGCAAGAGCGCGAGCUCCCGGGAGCUCAUGAUUGUGGGGCGCAUAUUUGUGGCUUUCAUGGUGGUGAUCAGCAUCGCCUGGGUGCCGAUCAUCGUGGAGAUGCAAGGCGGCCAGAUGUACCUUUACAUUCAGGAGGUGGCGGACUACCUGACGCCCCCAAUCGCGGCCCUGUUCCUUCUGGCAAUUUUCUGGAAGCGCUGCAAUGAACAGGGGGCUUUCUAUGGCGGAAUGGCUGGCUUUGUCCUCGGAGUGGUCCGUUUGACACUAGCCUUUGCCUACCGGGCCCCAGAGUGUGACCAGCCUGACAACCGGCCGGGCUUCAUCAAAGACAUCCAUUACAUGUAUGUGGCCACAGCGCUGUUUUGGGUCACAGGACUCGUUACUGUGAUUGUCAGCCUUCUCACGCCACCCCCCACGAAGGAGCAGAUUCGUACCACCACCUUUUGGUCGAAGAAGAGCCUGGUGGUGAAGGAGAGCUGCUCCCCGAAAGAUGAACCGUACAAGAUGCAAGAGAAGAGCAUCCUGAGAUGCAGUGAGAAUAGUGAGGCCGUCAACCACGUCAUCCCCAAUGGGAAAUCCGAAGACAGCAUUAAGGGCCUGCAGCCUGAAGACGUGAAUCUCCUGGUGACCUGCAGGGAGGAGGGCAACCCCGCGGCUUCCCUAGGCCAUUCUGAGGCGGAAACGCCGGUGGACGCCUACUCCAACGGGCAAGCGGCGCUCAUGGGGGAGAAGGAGAGGAAGAAAGAGACGGAGGACGGGGGCCGCUACUGGAAGUACGUGGACUGGUUCUGUGGCUUCAAAAGUAAGAGCCUCAGCAAGAGGAGCCUCAGAGACCUGAUGGAGGAGGAGGCUGUCUGUUUACAGAUGCUGGAAGAGCCUCCCCGUGUUAAACUAAUACUGAACAUUGGACUUUUUGCUGUGUGUUCACUCGGAAUUUUCAUGUUUGUUUAUUUCUCCUUAUGAACUUUUAAGGAUAUGAUGAAACACUAACUUAAAAUACUGGUCUUUGAAAGAAAAAAAAGACUUAUGUAACUGUUGCAUCUCUCAGGCAUUGUUUACGCUGUAGGUUUUAGCCAAAUUUUACUUAGCGGAACAUCAUCUAUUUGCAAGACUUUAUUUUCCCAGAGAUGGAUGAAAGUAAAUUUUCAACCUAAGUGAAGCAAAACUUGUUUAACAGACUGAAUUGUGCAAAUGUGGUUUAAAAUUUUUCAUACCAAAGUAAGAGCAAUUAUUCUCAUAGAACACUUAGCGCAGAGAGUACAUGCUGAGAUGCCCGGGAAAAGUGCCCUGUCCGCCCUGCCCACUCGCGGCGGACCUUCUCGACCUGGAGCGGGGGACUGGCCAGUCUCUUAAGUUUUUUCCUGUCUCUGUAAUCCCUACUGCCACUUAAAAAGAACUGAUUUUGUAGACAUUGUAUAAUCAAUUGUGUGCUGAAAAUCUAACCAAUGUGCUCGCGAGGUGCUUGUUCCGGGACAGGCAGGCCAGGUGCCAGGUUCGUGUCCGCACGAGCCUGUAGGUUCUGACCGCCGGAGGGAAGGGCGUGUCUUUCUGCAGCCGCUCGGGCACCGCCAGUAGACGCAGUGUUGGGGAAAAGCUUGUUCCAGGUCCUUCUUUCCUGUUUUUUGAAGUUUUGCUGCACCACGCUCGAAUGAGCACCAUGUCUGUUUUUGUAAAAGGUACACGUCAUGACUGUGUUGUUAAGUGACCAGGGGGAGACGAAAUGGCACUGCCCGUGGUCUUUGCACGUGCCGGCCGGGUGAAGGUUUGUCACAUGGUUUGGACGUGAGCAGCCUCUGGGCAGUGCUGGGUCACCUUGGGCUAAGCAGGGGAUUGCUCGGACUCCACUCACUCUCUGGAUGUGUUCUUGUCACUUGGCAACGUUCUUUGUUGGCCAGACGUCUUCCCGUGCAGACCCCGUGUAGGGGAGGGCGUUCAGACAUCUGGGGACAGAGCGACGGGGUCUGGGCUCCGUGCUGCCCUGCUUGGUCAGCUCAUGAUCUGCUGAGGCUGUUUUUAGAGAAAAUUCCAUCUGAGGUCACAUUGUACCCUUGGGAAAGUUAUUUCCCUUGACCUGCCUUUUCAAAAGACUUGCCUUCUGUACCCGGCCUCUGCAUUUUUGCCUAAAAGGUCAGUGACUUGGAGCAUGAGGGCGUUGCGGUGCGGAGUGGCCAUCGGUAACAGGAGACUCGGUGCCCCCCUUGCCCUGGGCGGGCUGGCAGACGGCGUUUUCAUGGAAAGGAGAGCGUGUCCAGAGGUGCCACGAGCGGGCGCUGCUGGGCGUGGGGGCAUGCCGCGUGGAGAGCAGGGCAGUGCCUGUGGGACAGGACCCUUUGUCUUGACGUGGCUCGGUCCAUGGCUGCAUCCUUUGUAGCGGGGGUCACUCUCCACAGGCUGAUCCCUUCAUGAGGAGCGGGUGCGAGGGGGGCCCCGGGUGGGCUCCGCACGCACACGGUUCCGAGUGUGCGCCACACCGUCCUUUUUCCCAGCUCCGGGACAGGUGAAGGAGACUGGCUGACUGUGUAUCUACUUUCUUUGACUUUUCUGUAAUCUGAGACUUUUUAAAUUGCAUGAUUUUAUUCAGCUUUUGAUCUUUAGGGAAAAUUACUACUUUUUAGGUACUUUUGUAGAUUUUGAAUCAAAACUCAGUCCUAAUCACUUUAAGUUUUUUUGUAUUCUAUAAACCAGUUUCAUUAAUUAAUGAUGGACUUGAUUAGUCCAAAGUUGAUUUAGAAAUGAUUGGAUUGCAUAAUGUCUUCCCAUUUCCAGGAAGCUUUCUGAUGGACUGAGUC